UCUCUUCACUCAGACCAAUCUUUUAUCUUUUAUAUUCCUCUCUAUAUAACUAUCGAUAUAAUAACUAAAUCAAUUGCAUUUACCUGAAAGUGAUGACAAAUGCCAAUGCAAAUUUAAAAUCAUGGACACCAGCGGUCUCGGCCAAGCAUCCAGAUAAUAUCGUGUCCUCAGAAUUUACAACAGCCAAAAUAUUCCGGCCAUCUUACGAAAAGGAAGAGCCCUGUAUGGAGCAACUAAUGGCUAAUGAAUAUCAAAGAAUGUGGCUGACGGAAAGAGAUGAAUGGCUGAGCAAAACUAUUCUUUCGAAUGAAGAGAAAAAAAAACGUCGACAGAAAGGUGCUAAUAGCCAUAGGACUUUAAAUACGAACGACAAAUCGAAAAGAACAGUGAUGGUGGAUAGAAUAACAAUGUCCGCCGGCAACGAUUCCCAACCGACUCAUUCAAAACGUGAAGAAAGGCCAUAAAAAAAAUGAUCAUCGAAUCGAUACAAACCUAUAGCGCGGCGGCGGCGGCGGCGGCGGCGGCUGACUAGCCAUUCCAUACAGUAAAAUCCAGCGAUUCAAAGCGAAAUUAAUUCAGCCAUAAUGUACUCAAGAAUGUCCGAAAGCCCGGAAACGGUUUUAUGAGCGAUAAUACUCUGGCUUUUUUUUUCUCUUCUCCUUCAUAAUCAAAUGAUUGGGCUGUUUAAAUUCCAUUAGAAUAGGGGGUAGGGGGAAGAAACACUCACUCUUAAAAAACCGCCGAAUAAAGCAAGUUAUGCUGCAGCUCAUUCAUCCCACUGACUGAGAUAGUUUAUCAUCCGCGUCAUAAAAAUUAUCCACUCUAUUAUUAUCUAAUUGCUUGACCAAAACAGAAAAUCAUGUUCAGCAUUCUAAUGAAAUCUGAUGAAUGAGUCAAAGCGGAGCGGCGGGUUGAAAAAAAAAAGAAAAGUUGAUAAAUAAUGAGAGCCUUUAUUAGAUCAUUUAAGAAAUAUCAUAAAAACCCUCUUACUUAUAGAUUUUAUAGUCAAUAUAAUAUACCGUAAAAACAUUAAAAUGUGAGAAUGUCACCUUAUGGCCGGUAUUCAGUGAUUGUGUAGUCCAUUGCUGGAGGG